AACAAUGAAUGAAUCACCCUCCUUUGCCGAUCUGCCUCCAGAAAUGACCGAAAAAAUCCUGGAAAACGUAGAUGCGAGCGAUCUUCGCACCGCCCAGCAAGUGUGCGUUCAGUGGAGGGAGAUAAUCAACAGGCGGCGACAUGCGAUGAAACGACUACGGGUCAAAGAGAUUUAUAUCAGUGAUGGCCAGGAUGCAGUCGUAGCCACAAUUACGCAUCUUUUCCCUUCAUGGGAGAUGGUCUCAACACUGAAGAUUCAUGAUUAUGAACGAUUAUUCGACUGUAUAUGGAUCUAUGCACCGAAAAAAUUGAAUAUUAACGCUACUAGGAAUGAUCUACGAAAGUCACUAGAAGGAAUUCCUGACUGGUGGUUCCAAGGCAUCCAGAUGCUUGGAAUAUACGAAAGUGCCUGCGAUAUUGAUGCACUGUCUCUAGUCUCCAGAGCUCCGCAAUGUGCAUCGCUUCGAAUCGACCCUUGCUUCACCAUCGACAGUGUCACCUCGCUGCUCGACUGCAUGAAACAGAUUCACGAACUCAAGUACAUAGGAUUCGUAGUGCUGCCAAAACAAUCACUGCCGAUGAUUCGACCAUAGAUGCGUUAAUUCCCCUUUCCAUCGCGUGCCCGGAGGGACUACAAUCGUUUUGGGUGGACUCAAUUUCUACGGAUUUCUCGCUACCAAAGAUGUUUGAGUUAUUCGAGAAAGGCCAUUUCUCUCCGCGAUGUUCGUUGUUGUUUGAGAAAGUGCACGGCUCGGAUUUGGCCCUACGCAAUUGGAUUAACGCCCAUGCACAGCAAGUCUUGUACAUAUCGCAACAGACUUACAACUUCUCCUAUCGCAACGUAGAGAUCGGCAUAUCUGUGGAGCAGUUUGUGCCUUAAUACUGUGAUAACACUGUGACUUAUCCUGUAGAUGUACAUACUGUAAAUUACUAGUCAUAGCCUUGUUGAUUUGUUAUCUAUGAGAUUAUUCGGGCAGCUGAAGUGCUAUUUAUUUAAUACCCUUUCACUUAUGUGCAAAUGCUUUUCGAGCAGCUUCAGCACCUCUUUGGCUACCAACUUGCGCUGAUCUCAAUCUGCUUAGCAAUGUAAACGAAUUCUUAAGUUAUUCCGAAGUGCUGAU